UGAAGAGAGCCAGUGCACGGCGAGGCAGGAGAGGGAGAGCAUCGACCAGCGGGCAGGACGUCAACCUCCAAUUGUGAUCCGGAACCAGGACGUCGAUAAAGGCGCUUCAAUAUAUCAUGUUCCCGUGGUUAUUCUCAACAUGGCAGCCGUCGCAACAGCAGCUGCCAUCAGCAUGUGCUUUAUAGAAGCGGAGGAACACCAGCAAGUGCGGUGCAACUCAUCUGCGGUCUGCUCUGGAAGCCAGAGGAAGCCCGACGCUUUGGCCGCCGCGAAAUGGUUGCUGGCGGCGUCCUUAUGGGCCCAUCGAGUGCUUUCGCGUCGGCGAUGCGAGCGAGUGGACUCGGCAGUCGCUCUCCAUCGCAACGCCGCCGCCAACAACCAUGCCCUCUCCCGCACCGCCCCCCGUCGCAUAUUUUCAACGCCGCUUCCUGCCACGGUACCACCGCCCGCGGCGUCGCCCCCGCCGUUGCCCCCGCGGGCCAGCCGCCUCCUGGCGCGUCCGUCACCGUUGCCAUUGUGCUCUCCGGGCCAGCCACCGCCGCGGCCGUACCCUGCGAUGCCCCCGAUCACGGCACACGCUAUUCGACAGCUUGGCCCAGGUAAGAAGACAGAGGGUUUGCAAGACUCGCGGCUGCAUGGCCACACGAGAUCGGACGCUAGGCACAGCACGGGCUUUAUCUCGACGUUGGGCAGGAACACUCGGGUGUCUACGCUGGAGGCUCGGAGCGCUGUGGAUGGGGAGCGCAAGGAGCUGGGGGGAGCAGCGGCGGCCGAAGAGAAGGCGGGAUUUAUUGCAGCAGUGGACCCGGGGGGAGUGGGAGGAGCAGACACACCAUAUCCUUUUGCAACGCUCCUCGCGAACCGGGAAGUUAUGGACGCCACGCUGCACGACCAGCGACCGCCGGAUCAACUCCCUGAACUCCCAGGCAACGAGGCCAGCGACCUUCGUUUUCCCAAGCGCUUCAACAAGGCCAUGGCUUCGGAGCGUCGGCACCUCUGGAGCGAUUCCAUGAUUUUUUUUUUUUACGGGUUGUUGGAUGCGGACAUUCACUUCGGCAAAAAAGCAAUCAGUGCAACACACGAUCAAUGCCAAAGGUGGGUAACGAUUGGACGGAAGAUGGAUUUGAAGGCCCACUAA